AUGGUGAACCAUGAUGCUGCUGCUGCACGUUCUUGUGAUGCAUCAUGGUUUACACUUUCACAACCAUCAUCAUCAUCACCAACUUGGCCUUCACCAUUUGAAUACACGCCGUUAACACCUCCAACAUGCCUCCCUAUUCAUCCUCAAACAAUCUUUCCCCUCCAAAUUAUCUCUCCAGCUCAACAACACUCUAAGCCAUAUCCUGAUCUAUCUAAAGAAAAAGAUUCUCAUCAAGAAAAACAAGAACAAGAUCAUGUUUCUCUUCCUAAUCCUAUCACUAGCACCAGCAAUAAAAAGGUGUCGGGACGUCGUAAAUGCAGUCAACCAUCUUCUUGUCCCGCGAAAAAGAGAAAACUAAAGACUGAGACAGUACUAAAGAGUGAGACAGUACCACCACCAUUCCCAUGGACAACUUCAAAGCGCGCCACCGUGCACACACUCGACCACUUGCUAUCCGAAUUGAAACUGCAGACUAUCUCUGGAACUCUUCAAUGCAAAUUCUGCAACUUUCAACAAGACAAUAUUCAAUUUGAUUUGGUUGAAAAGUUCGAGAAAGUGAAAAGGUUCAUCGAGGAGAAUAUACACGAGAUGCAUGACCGUGCACCGGAUGCAUGGACUAACCCAGUGCUGCCAAGAUGCGAGAGUUGCAGAAAAGAGAAAGCAAUGGAGCCAUUGAUUACAAAGAAGAGAAACAUCAACUAG